ACUCCCCCUGGAGGCGGUGCUGCUCUCCGGCUGGAUAUCGAGACAAUACCGACACUCAGGAGCUUUUCCCACGUUUUCUGUUUUCUCUGCGGCAGAGAGCCGAGCUGCGGACUAAAACUAGAGAGGAGAGCAGCUGAAGCUUCUAGCAGAGACUCUCAGGCUGCUGCACGGCCCGCGGUGUGUGUGUGAGAGUGUGUAUGAAAGUAUUUUUCAGCUCCGCAGCUCCACUGGGACUUUGAUUUUCCUGCUUUGGACACACAGCGUACUGAGGACACACAGUGUGAAGACACCAUGUCGUCCCCGCGCUGCGUCCUGCUGUCCUGCGUCCUGCUGCUGCUGCUGUUGCUGCUGCAGGUCCCCGCAGGCCGCUGCAGGCCGGCCACAGACCACACCGACACCGCCGACGCAGUAAAGUCGUCUGAAGACGAAGAGGACGAUGAGUCAUCAUCAGAGGAGAACAAACUGUCCAACGAGCUGUCGACGAGCAGCGAGAAGCUCCAGACAGCCUCGGCGGCGCCCCAGUGGGUGAUGCCGGAGAAGAUGGAGAAGCAGCUUCACGCCGUCCCUGCCAGCCGGACGGUGAAGUUCCGUUGCCAGGCGACGGGGAACCCCGUGCCCUCGCUGCGCUGGUACAAGAACGGGAAAGAGUUCAGGAAGGACCAGAGGAUCGGAGGCUUCAAGAUCCGAGACCACAUGUGGACUCUGAUCAUGGAGUCGGUGGUUCCUUCUGAUAAAGGGAACUACACGUGUGUGGUGGAGAACGAGUACGGCAGCCUGAAACACACCUACCUGCUGGAUGUGGUCGAGCGCUCUCCUCACAGGCCCAUCCUGCAGGCCGGGCUGCCGGCCAAUCAGACGGCGGUCGUGGGUCAUGACGUGGAGUUUGUGUGUCGAGUGUUCAGCGACCCGCAGCCGCACAUCCAGUGGCUCAAACACAUCACGGUGAACGGCAGCAGGGAGGCGCCCGAUGGACACCCGUACGUCCUCGUCCUCAAGACUGCAGGUGUGAACUCCACCGAUAAGGAGAUGGAGGUUCUCACUCUGAGGAACGUGAGUGUUGGAGAUUCAGGAGAGUACACGUGUCUGGCAGGGAACUCCAUCGGAGUGUCUCACCACUCCGCCUGGCUCACCGUGGUCGACGAGUUGCCCCCCACCCCCCUGCCCUCUCAGACCUACCUGGAGAUCUUCAUCUACUGCCUCGGCUUCUUCAUCAUCGUCAUCCUCACCGCCACCGCCGUCAUCUGCCGACUCUGCUGCGCCCCGAAGAAGAGCGACUUCCACGGACAGCUCGCCGUCCAGAAGCUGGCGAAGAGCAUCCCUCUGAGGAGACAGGUCUCUGUGGAGUCCUCCUCCUCUCUUCAGUCUGGGAUGUGUCUGAUGCGUCAGUCUCGUCUCUCCAGCGCCGCCACCACCGUCCUGACGGGCGUGUCGGAGUAUGAACUUCCCUACGACCCCGUCUGGGAGCUUCCUCGGGACAGGCUGACUCUGGGGAAGCCUCUGGGUGAAGGAUGUUUCGGUCAGGUGGUUCUGGCCGAGGCGGUCGGCGUCGACAAGAAUAAACCAACACGUCUCACCAAGGUCGCCGUGAAGAUGCUGAAAGCGGACGCCACAGAGAAGGAUCUGUCCGACCUCAUCUCAGAGAUGGAGAUGAUGAAGAUGAUCGGAAAACACAAGAACAUCAUCAACCUGCUGGGAGCCUGUACACAGGACGGUCCUCUGUAUGUGGUGGUGGAGUACGCCUCUCAGGGGAACCUGCGUGAGUUCCUGCGGUCUCGGCGCCCGGCGGGUCUGGAGUACUGGAGCGGGACGCGGCAGGCAGCGAUGGGCGGCCCGGAGGUCCGAGAGCUGGUGUCUGCAGCGUACCAGGUGGCCCGCGGGAUGGCGUACCUCGCCUCCAAGAAGUGUAUCCACAGAGACCUGGCGGCGAGGAACGUGCUGGUGACUGAAGACAACGUGAUGAAGAUCGCAGACUUCGGUUUGGCUCGAGACGUUCACCACAUCGACUACUACAAGAAGACCACCAACGGUCGUCUGCCGGUGAAGUGGAUGGCUCCUGAAGCUUUAUUCGACCGAAUCUACACACAUCAAAGUGACGUGUGGUCGUUCGGCGUCCUGCUGUGGGAGAUCUUCACCCUCGGGGGGUCCCCGUACCCCGGAGUCCCUGUGGAGGAACUCUUCAAGCUCCUGAAGGAGGGACACCGCAUGGAGAAACCGUCAGUCUGCACCCAGGAGCUCUACCUGAUGAUGAGAGACUGCUGGCACGCCGUCCCGUCUCGCCGGCCGACGUUCCAACAGCUGGUGGAAGAUUUAGACCGCACGCUCUCUCUGAUGGCCAACCAGGAGUACCUGGACCUGUCCGCUCCUCUGGUCCAGUAUACUUCAGUCAUCUCCUGUAACUCCACAUAGUCUUCAACCUGGGAACUCUUUUUUUUCCUGGAUCACCUUCAUCCUGCGUCCUGCUGCGGCGGCGCGGUCCCAGCAAGAGUGAAGCUGCUUCCUGUCAUCCAGCAGCAGCAGCGAGGACCUGAUGUUUUCAUGUUUUGGUGUUUUGAUGUUUUGAUCAGCUGGACUGAGCCGGACUCAGCGAGGCCUCAGGACGCAGCUCGCUGAGGGGACCGAGAGCUGCUUCGAGCUGCUUUAUUAUAAUGUAAAUAUUGUAAAUAAUAGUUUUUUUCUUGUAUGGAAGAUUGGACUGGAAUUAUAACAAAAAAGGGAAAAAAGAAGCUAAAGAAAUAACUGAAUGAAUAAAAUAUACAGAAAAUGUGGAAAUAAAUCUAUAAAUCAAUAAUUUAUAGAUUUAUUUAUUUAUUUUUAUUCAUGAAUUUAUUUUGCAGUAAUGAUGUUGUGUUGCCAAAGACGAGUUCAGAGUCCCAGCUGAACGUUGCACUUAUCCUCCAGCUGAUCUCAGUGUGUAUGAUAAUAAUAAUAACUGACUAACUGCAGUAUUAAUAUUAAAACAAUUUUUAUGGA